AUGGCGGCCUUGCGACCCCCAAGAAGGGCCCUGCUUCGUCUCUGCCGCACCUUCUCCAGCGGCGGCUGCCAGCUCGCCCCCGAGCGCGGCGGUGAGCGCAGGGAUGCCGUGCCGAGCCGGGUCUCAAGAUUCUGCCCUCCAAGGAAAUCUUGCCAUGAUUGGAUAGGACCCCCAGAUAAAUAUUCAAACCUUAGACCUGUUCACUUUUACAUCCCUGAAAAUGAAUCACCAUUGGAACAAAAGUUAAGAGAAUUAAGACAAGAAACACAAGAAUGGAACCAACAGUUCUGGGCAAACCAGAAUUUGACUUUUCUUAAGGAAAAAGAAAAAUUUAUUGACUCAAGACUAAAAGCCAAAGGCCUGGAACUGAGAGCUGAAUCAGUAGUGCCCUUUGAAGCACAAAAAUUUUAA